AUGACUCAUUGCAAGUUUGUUGGCCCUGAGCAUUGGCAACAUGACCCAAGCUGCGGUGGCUGCACAGCAUCGCUCUUGGAGGAGUAUUCCGCUCAGACACCAGGACCCUGUGCAAGCUGGUGCCAGUAUGAGGGGCCUGCGACAUGGCCAUAUGAUCCAAAUUGCGUAGGCUGCACCAAGGCAAACAUUGCCAACAGGACUACCCCAAGCUGCUUCAGCUACUGCCAGUAUGUUGGCGUGGCGGUUUGGCAAUACAAUCCUGACUGCCAAGCUUGCAAGUCAUUGCAGUUGACCCAAGGCUCUAGGGGAAAUUGCGCCAGCUAUUGCCAAUAUGAACCCCAGACUGCUUGGCAGUACGAUGCCAACUGCGGUGGUUGCACUCCUUCCCUGCUGCAGGAAGCAAAGGCAUCUAAGGGUGAAUGUAAGGACUACUGCAAGUACGAGCCCCAAGCUGCUUGGCAAUAUGACGCCAACUGUGGCGGGUGCACUCCAGCAUUGGUUGAGACCAGUGCAUUGGUGCCCCACGAGGGAUGCAGGAGCCACUGCAAGUUUGUCGGCUCUGCUUUGUGGCGUCGUGAUUCAGGUUGCAGGGGCUGCACAGCAUCGCUCUUGGAGGAGUACUAUGCUCAGACACCAGGACCCUGUGCAAGCUGGUGCCAGUAUGAGGGGCCUGCGACAUGGCCAUAUGAUCCAAAUUGCGUAGGCUGCACCAAGGCAAACAUUGCCAACAGGACUACCCCAAGCUGCUUCAGCUACUGCCAGUAUGUUGGCGUGGCGGUUUGGCAAUACAAUCCUGACUGCCAAGCUUGCAAGUCAUUGCAGUUGACCCAAAGCUCUAGGGGAAAUUGCGCCAGCUAUUGCCAAUAUGAGCCCCAGACGGCAUGGCAGUAUGACGCAAACUGUGGUGGUUGCACUCCGGCACUUAUGGAGUUGUCAAAGGGCGAGUGCAAGGACUACUGCAAAUACGAGCCGCAAGCGGCAUGGCAGUAUGAUGCCAACUGUGGUGGCUGCACACCAUCGCUCUUGGAGGAGUACUAUGCUCAGACACCAGGACCCUGUGCAAGCUGGUGCCAGUAUGAGGGGCCUGCCACAUGGCCUUAUGAUCCAAAUUGCGGAGGCUGCACCAAGGCAAAUAUUGCCAACAGGACUACCCCAAGCUGCUUCAGCUACUGCCAGUAUGUUGGUACGGGAGUUUGGCAAUACAAUCCUGACUGCCAAGCUUGCAAAUUAUCUCAAUUGAUCCAAGACUCCAAGGAAGCAAAGGAAUCUAUGGGUGAAUGCAAGGACUACUGCAAGUACGAACCCCAAGCAGCGUGGCAGUAUGAUGCCAACUGUGGUGGUUGCACUCCUUCCUUGUUGCAGGAAUCAAAGUGGAAGUUGCCGGGGCACACCUCAGAUUCCCAGGUUUGCCAGCCCGUGGACGAAUGCUGCAAGCUGUAUUGCCGUCAGGUGCCCCAAUCAGAUUACCAGUAUGACGUCAAUUGUAUGGGUUGUGGGACCUACCUAUUUCAAGAGUCAAGAGGGCAAUGCAAGGACUACUGCCAGUAUGAGCCCCAGACCGCUUGGCAGUAUGAUGCCAACUGCGGUGGUUGCACUCCUUCCUUGUUGCAGGCAUCCAAGGCAGAGUGCAAGGACUACUGCAAAUACGAGCCGCAAGCUGCAUGGCAGUAUGAUGCCAACUGUGGUGGAUGCACACCAUCGCUCUUGGAGGAGUAUUACGCUCAGACACCAGGAAGCUGUGCAAGCUGGUGUCAGUAUGAGGGGCCUGGCACGUGGCAAUAUGAUCCAAAUUGCGGAGGCUGCACCCGAGAGACAAUUGCCAACAGGACCGGCCCAACCUGUGCCAGCUACUGCCAGAAUGUUGGCGUGGCGGUUUGGCAAUACAAUCCUGACUGCCAAGCUUGCAAGUCAUUGCAGUUGACCCAAGACUCCAAGGGAAAUUGCGCCAGCUACUGCCAAUAUGAGCCCCAGAGUGCUUGGCAGUAUGAUGCCAACUGUGGUGGUUGCACUCCUUCCUUGUUGCAGGAAUCAAGGUGGAAGUUGCCGGGGCACACCUCAGAUUCCCAGGUUUGCCAGCCCGUGGACGAAUGCUGCAAGCUCCAUUGCCGUGAGCUGGGCCAAACAGAUUGGCAGUAUGACGUCAAUUGUAUGGGUUGUGGGACCUACCUAUUUCAAGAGUCAAGAGGGCAAUGCAAGGACUACUGCAAGUACGAGCCUUCAACCGUUUGGCAGUAUGAUGCCAAUUGUGGUGCUUGCACAACCUCUUUGCUGCAAGGAGAGAAGGGUGAAUGCAAGGACUACUGCAAGUAUGAGCCCCAAGCUGCUUGGCAAUAUGACGCCAACUGUGGUGGCUGUACUCCGGCUCUGGCACAGACUGCGGCAAGCAAGGUCUGCCAGGAGUCUUGUGCUCAAAAAGGGGCAGAGCUUUGGCAGUAUGAUCCCGAUUGCCAGGGCUGUGAUGCCAGCGCGUUGCAGGUGACAGCCGAAUGCAAGGAAUAUUGCAAGUACGAGCCUAGCAACGUGUGGAGUUACGAUGCCAAUUGCCAGGGCUGCACGCCGGCCUUGGUUGAAACAACGGAGCAUUGUGAGGACCACUGCAAACAGCUGGGGCCCAUGCUGUGGCACAAGGCACCAGGCUGCAGUACUUGCAAGAGCUCAAUGCUCCAGACCUGGUCGAAGCAGCAGACGGGUGAGUGCAAGGAGUACUGCAAGCACAUGGGUCCCAACCUUUGGCAGUAUGACGCCAACUGCAAUGGCUGCGGUGGUGCAUUGAUGCAGGCCAACUCCACCAAUGACAAGUGCAGUACUUGGACCGGGGGCACCUGCGUCUUCUCCAAGUGCGACGCGUCUCGUGGGAUGGUGCAAUGCAACUGGGCCAAGGCCUGCGUUUGCGCCACCAACUUCUGCUCCAACGAUCAAGGCAUCUGCAUCUUCGACGUGUCAAGCGUUUUGCGAUGAGAUCGGCCAAGGUGGAGCACCUUUCGGAGGGCCAGGGCCAGGGCCACGAGAUGCCACGAGGUAUACGAGGUAUGACCUGAGGCUUGAACCCUAGUCCAGCCCAGAGUUAGCCCAGAGUUGGCCUCGGAUUUUGAUCCUUUUGAAAGCGCUCAUUUCAAUGAUCGCUACAGAAAAUGGUGACCCG